AUUCAUCAGAUCAACUACAUAUUUUGAAGUCCACACGUCUGAACAUAUCACAGCAUGGGAAUCCCAAGGCGGAAAAUGCCUGGCAUUUUCUUCGGACAUAAAGGGCUCCCAGGACAGUCAUCCUAUACGUACCCAUCACUCCAUCCGGCGGUCGUAAAGGCGGCGCCCAACGAGAUCACGGACACAUGGUUCAAGCGCAAAGACGACGGCUGCGCCAUCGAGACAUACGCGACCCACGUCAUGGGCGAUUUCCAGUGCCGCAACAUCGGCUGUCUGAGCCAAGGCUGGUCCAGCAAGAUGGUGGCCAUCGAGAUAAGGUGGUACUCCGGGAACGGGUACAACGCUACCGUGUUUGGCCAGCGCUGCCGGGCGUGCAAUGAGUUCGGCGGCUUUGACCUGAACACGGACUCGUACGCCGAGCGAGUUUCCUACCGGCUUAAGAAGUGGAAAGGGAUCAAGUGUGAGAAGCCGCCGUACAACGAAAAGCAAGGCAAGCCGCAUCUGCGCGAGUUCUGUGAGGGCUGCAGACUCGGCAUCUGUCGAGAAGGGGAUUAG